AUGGGCGCAGCGCGGAGCUGCGCUGAGAAGCCCUGGUGCCUGUCACCGCACGCCUGCGACCGUGAUGGGCAGACGUACCUGGACUUGGUGACGGCUAUACCAAGCCACGGGCAAUGCGGAACCUUCGAUGAGGAAGUUAUCGAAGUGGAGUGCCCUGCAGGCGCCAUUUUCCCCGAGACGUUGCAGAACCUGAAGUUGCUGGACAGGCACUUUCUGGUUUUCUGUGGCACCUCAAACCUUGUGGCGUUGAGAUGGGUGCUGCGCUUUGGGGCUUCCCCGAGUACCCAUGAUUCCAACAGCACCACCGGCUUGCACGUGGCCUGCCGAAGUGGCUCCGGCAGCGUGGUCUCCGAGUUGCUCCGGCACCGGCCGUCCUUGGACCGCGCCGACGUGGCGGGGUGGACGCCGUUGCACGUGGCCGCCCGCAUGUCGCGCUGCAGCAUUGUGGUGCUCCUGCUCAAGGCUGGUGCACCCAUCUGGGUUCGCAACAGCCAUGGUGAGCUCCCGUCUGAUAUGUGCCUUGACGGGGCCACACACUCGGCGUUUGCAUCCUUCCAAGAGUACUUGCUGUCAAGUCCUCAAAUCAAUGCUGCCGCCUGGAGCUUUUACUGGGAUCGGCCAGAGGCUGAGGAUUCCGAGGCACCCCUGCCCACACCGUUUUUCACGCCUCAGCACCCUAUCGCCAACUUUCGUGGCCAGAAAGAAGCGGUGCUAAUCGCCACACGAGUUUUCAACGCGCAGCCCGGCUAUGGCAUCGCCUUCAUCCGAGCCGCAGGUUUGGCGCAUGAUUAUCCCAGGAGCUCCUCCAAGUUCCUCUACCAAGACGGCAUCAAUCGCAAGGCAGUCGGGCACUUCCUGGGUCAGACCUUUGCAAUGUGUGAAACUCUUCGCCUGGCUUUCUUCAGCCGCUGCGAGUUUUGGAACACGGGGGUCGUCUCUGCCCUGGUGGAAGCCCGACGUGGAUUCGAUUGGCCGGAGGAGUUGCAGCAGAUGAGCCGCAUCGUCUACGCCAUCGCCAUCAACUGGUGGACCUGCCACGAGGAGGCCCAGAACUUCCAGAACCUACAGCAGGAGGCAGAGGCUCCACUUGUGGAGUUGGAUGAGAUCCGGGGCUUGGACUUAAAGACGGACAUUGGCAGCGCAGAGGCCUUGCAGCACAUGAUGCUUUCCGUGCUGUGCUUGCACCACUACAUGCACGAACAGCGGAACGACAUGGACUUCGAAGCCUGGAAGACGCUGCAGAGCUCCCAGGGCACCGCAGGUGAGAUUCCGGACGAGCUGCUCUACAAGAUCUGGCGUGUGGUGCGGAAGGAGGCGCUUCCACAACUCAGCGUGCCUGGCUUGACUGGCAGUUCCGGUGGUAGCCACAGCCUGAAGAUCGUUCUGCCUGAGGCAGACGGGACGAGCUUGGAAGAGGGCGACAAGACUUUGCUGGAGAACGUGGAGCAAACUGAGCAGAGCUUGGCGCAAAGUGAGCAAAUUCCAUGGCUCCAGGGCCUUCCGAGCCUUCAAGGGUGGUUAAACGUCAGCACGCCGGGCCUCGAAGCAGAUGUCAAAGGUCGUCUUUGGGCCAGCGUAUGCCUUGGCUUGCUCUUCUUCUCCCUGUCACCUAGAGCCGCUGCCCCAGAAGCUUUUGUGAGCUUGUCCGGUGUUUUCCCCUCCUGGGACGGUGGCUCCAUCAUCUUGGAGAAGUGGCGGAGCAUCGACGGCAAAAGCGAAUCCUCAUCUCCCUCCAACAACUUUGUGACCGGCGCCUUGCUAAAGCCUGAUGGAAGCUGGAAAGAAUGCAACUUCCUCAAAGUGGAGCUUGGACUCACGCCGCAGGAGGAUCCGCAAUCCUGGCUUUCCUGGCUGGGCUCUAUCGAAAACACCCGAAGCUGGGUGUGA